AUGGCGGCAGAACAAGCCACGGCGACCUCCACCACGUCUGCACUGAGCCCCGUGUGUGACCUUACGGGGGACUGGGUGCGUCUGAAUGUCGGCGGGACGGUGUUCGAGACCACCCGGACCACCCUGGCCCGACUCAACAGCCAGUUUCUGGACAGGCUGCUGGCCGAGGACUCGGGCUUUCCCCCGCCUGCUGACGGAGUCUACAGGAUAGACAGGGACCCGGAGGUGUUCAGGGUUCUCCUCAACUUCGCCAGGAACGGCCGCCUGCUCUUGUCACCACAAGUGACGUCAGACAUGAUCCUGGCGGAUGCAGGGUUCUACAUGCUCCGGCAGGGGGCGCUGGAAGCAAUAGAGGAGCUGGGCAAGGGGGCAACAGGUUUGGCUCGGCGACAGGGCAGACGAUGCAAUCUAGUUGCAGAGGUUUUGAUUCAACACGUGGAGAGACGACACCACAAUGCACUUAUUUUUUCAAUGACUCAAUCAUAUGUAUGGAGAACAAGAUGCCCUAUUAAGGAAUGCCCAGCAGAAGUGUUUGACGAGAGUCCGAAAGAGUUCAGUCGGAUGUGCAUUUCAUGCCACCGCACCAUUGGGGUAACACAAAAGUUUAAAUAUGAUCCUACAAACGUGGCCAUAGAGUGGUGUCACCUGUGCCUAAGAUGUCCCGAUUGUCAAGAAAUCAUCUGCCUCCCAUAA